CCUACAUAUCUCAGGGUAAGCAAAUUAGGGUUUCACUCGCGCAGAAGUCUCUCUCCCUCUCUCUCUCGAGCAAAAAUGGCGACCCCUGCGGUUGAGUCGGUGCAGUGCUUCGGGCGCAAGAAGACGGCUGUGGCGGUGACCCACUGCAAGCGCGGGCACGGGCUGAUCAAGAUCAAUGGCUGCCCCAUCGAGCUGGUGGAGCCGGAGAUCCUUCGCUUCAAGGCCUACGAGCCAAUCCUCCUGCUCGGACGCCACCGUUUCGCCGGCGUCGACAUGCGGAUCCGCGUCAAGGGCGGUGGCCACACGUCUCAGAUAUAUGCCAUCCGACAGAGCAUCGCGAAGGCCCUCGUUGCGUUCUACCAGAAGUACGUGGACGAGCAGAGCAAGAAGGAGAUUAAGGAUAUUCUCGUCAGGUACGACCGGACCUUGCUCGUCGCCGAUCCUCGGCGCUGCGAGCCCAAGAAGUUUGGUGGUCGUGGUGCCAGGGCUAGGUUCCAGAAGUCUUAUCGUUGAGAGAGAGCAAUCGAAGACCCAGAAUCAGAAGGAAAAAAAGUUCGUUUUUUCAGAUGUUUUGAGGAUAUUGUUUUGGUAUUUGAAGACUUGGAUGUUAAUUGGUUUUUCUAUUUUUCUUUGUUUCAUUCAAAAAGUCGUGAGCUUUGAGUUUUGGGUAAUAGUAUGCUUUCGUUAAAUGGAACUUGGAGGUUUUAGAUUGAUAAAUAUAUGCAAUGCUUUGCUUAAA